GGUGGCGGAGCAGUGCUGGGGCUGGCUGGGGCCUCGGUUCAAGUUGCACACACGCUGAGCCGGCAGCUAGAACCAGAAUCCACAAGAGCCUUUCACAUGGAGCUGUUUAUUUUCCAGCCUGAGGUUGUCUAGACAAUUGGCGAGCUGCAUUGAAUCUAUCUCUUUAUCAAUUAAAACAGCAGCAGAGAUAAAUAAUGUACCUUUGCUGGAGCCGCCACAGAAACCGUGGGCUUAGGCUCUUCCAGCCAGUUCAGGAAGGAGCUGAGCGAGAUGUCAGCCCCAGGAAGGAACUUAGAUGCCUUGGAGAUUGAUGCCUCAGGGGAUUUUCUGCAGAGACCGUGCAGGGUCUGGGCUAGGGGAGCGGAAAGGACUCCCAUUAGGUAAAUAGAGCCUGUGUCCUAUGGCAGCGGGCACUAAGGAACUCACCAGAAUAAGCCAAUGACAUUCCUCAUUUGGCCUGAGCGGCUUGGAGUCAGGAAGUCAGAGCACAGAAAAUCCAGCAGCUCUCCGAGGGCUCCAUGUUUGGCCACGGACUGAAGCACUUGUUCCACAGCCGCCGCCGGUCGCGGGAGAGGGAGCAUCAGGCGUCUCAGGAUUCCCAGCAGCAGCCGCCACAGCAGGGCAUGUCUGACCAUGACUCCCCGGACGAGAAGGAGCGCUCCCCAGAGAUGCACCGCGUCUCCUACGCCAUGUCCCUGCACGACCUGCCCGCGCGGCCCACCGCCUUCAACCGCGUGCUGCAGCAGAUCCGCUCGCGGCCCUCCAUCAAGCGCGGUGCCAGCCUGCACAGCAGCGGAGGGGGCGGCAGCGGCGGGGGCAGCAGCCGGCGCACCAAGAGCAGCUCCCUGGAGCCCCAGCGGGGCAGCCCCCACCUGCUGCGCAAGGCCCCCCAGGACAGCAGCCUGGCCGCCAUCCUGCACCAGCACCAGUGCCGUCCCCGCUCCUCCUCCACCACCGACACCGCCCUGCUGCUGGCGGAUGGCAGCAAUGUGUACCUCCUGGCGGAGGAAGCCGAGGGCAUAGGGGACAAGGGCGACAAGGGAGACCUGGUGUCCCUGAGCCUUCCCUCCGGCUCCGGCCAUGGUGACACUGAUGGUCCCAUCAGCCUGGACGUGCCAGAUGGGGCACCAGACCCCCAGCGGACCAAGGCCGCCAUCGACCACCUGCAUCAGAAGAUCUUGAAGAUCACCGAGCAGAUCAAGAUCGAGCAGGAGGCGCGGGACGACAACGUGGCCGAGUACCUGAAGCUGGCCAACAACGCGGACAAGCAGCAGGUGUCCCGCAUCAAGCAGGUGUUCGAGAAGAAGAACCAGAAGUCAGCCCAGACCAUCGCGCAGCUGCACAAGAAGCUGGAGCACUACCGCCGGCGCCUCAAGGAGAUCGAGCAGAACGGACCCUCGCGGCAGCCCAAGGACGUGCUGCGGGACAUGCAGCAGGGGCUGAAGGACGUGGGGGCCAACGUGCGCGCGGGCAUCAGCGGCUUCGGGGGCGGCGUGGUGGAGGGCGUCAAGGGCAGCCUGUCCGGCCUCUCGCAGGCCACCCACAGCGCGGUGGUGUCCAAGCCCCGGGAGUUCGCCAGCCUCAUCCGCAACAAGUUCGGCAGCGCCGACAACAUUGCCCACCUGAAGGACCCCCUGGAAGACGGGCCCCCAGAGGAGGCGUCCCGGGCCCUGAGUGGCAGCGCUACCCUGGUGUCCAGCCCCAAGUACGGCAGCGAUGACGAGUGCUCCAGCGCCAGCGCCAGCUCCGCAGGGGCGGGCAGCAACUCCGGGGCGGGGCCUGGGGGCGCGCUGGGAAGCCCCAAGUCCACUACGCUGUUCGGAGCCCCCGGAAACCUGGACUCUCUGCUAGAGGAGCUGCGGGAGAUCAAGGACGGACAGUCGCACCUGGAGGACUCCAUGGAGGACAUGAAGACUCAGCUGCAGAGGGACUAUACCUACAUGACCCAGUGCCUACAGGAGGAGCGCUACAGGUACGAGCGGCUAGAGGAGCAGCUCAAUGACCUCACCGAGCUUCACCAGAACGAGAUGACCAACCUGAAGCAGGAGCUGGCCAGCAUGGAGGAGAAGGUGGCCUACCAAUCCUACGAGAGGGCUCGGGACAUCCAGGAGGCCGUGGAGUCCUGCCUGACCCGAGUCACCAAGCUGGAGCUGCAGCAGCAGCAGCAGCAGGUGGUGCAGCUGGAGGGCGUGGAGAACGCCAACGCGCGGGCGCUGCUGGGCAAGUUCAUCAACGUGAUCCUGGCGCUCAUGGCUGUGCUGCUGGUUUUCGUGUCCACUGUUGCCAACUUCAUCACGCCCCUCAUGAAGACACGCCUGCGCAUCACCAGCACCGCCCUCCUGGUCCUCGUCCUCUUCCUCCUCUGGAAGCACUGGGACUCCCUCACCUACCUCCUGGAGCAUGUGCUGCUGCCCAGCUGAGCGGCCAGCCUGCCCUUGCUCCAUGCUUUCUGGCCCCCAGGGGCCACACAGCUCCAGGAGGGACUCUGGGACUCCUGAGUCCCUCGGACUUUUUUGUGUGUCUGGUUUGGCCUCCUGCCCAAACUGUCCAUUCCAACGGCUCCUGCCCCUUCUCCAUACUUCCUUCUGUCCGACACCCUCUCCCUCCUGUCCUGAAGGGGGCUGAGAGUAUGACCCUGGCUGGAGACUGCGGGGACACUUGUGGCCAAGUGGAGCCGAGGUGGACACUGGGACUGGAUUGUUUUGGUGACCUACAGUCAAACAGGACUUCUCCCAGCUGACCUCAGGAUGCCCCAGCUCAGGAAGGCCACAAAGAACAGGAGAAGGCAAAGGCUCUGCCUCGACUUUCCUAGGGAAGAGCUCACCCUGGAGACAGCCACAGUUCCAAGUAAGAGAGGGAGGAGGCUGUGCUGGUCCCAGAGGAGGAGGCUGUGCUGGUCCCUGCUGUCACAGGAAGGGGAGGGUCCAUGGCCUUUGGUAUCUCUAGGGCCAGAGAGCAAGCUCAGAGUGGCUACUCAGGAGUUGAGCCCACCCCUUCCUGCCAGAGCUGAUUUGAGGCUGGCCUCUGGCCCUUCAGGAUCUGCAGGAGGCUGGCUCUGGAGGCUGGGCGGGGUGUGGCUUUGGAUUUGUUUUCUCUGCUAGUCUUUCUGCCUGCCUGUCACUGCUAUUUUCAGGGAAACGGGGCCCCAGAGGCCCUGAGUCUCAGUCCAAGCCCUUUGGCCUUUGGGAACACAUUGGGUCCUAUUUAUUUAUUUAUUUGUUCCUUUAGAACCUUACCCCCACAUCUGUCCCACUGAGCUCCAGGGAGAGGACCGCCCUGCCCUCCCUCUGAAGCCAGGGCUUAUUCUCAGCUCAUCGGCACCUCCAUGCCAUAUAGCCUCUGCAUAAUCCUGGGAGAAGUGGGGGGCAGCCACCCAGCCCCACUCUCCCCCGCAGUCCUGGCUGGGUGGGAGAAGCGUGGCCUCUCUUUUAUAUGUCUAUUUAUUUUGUACGUGUGUAUUUGUGGGGAGGAGGUUGUGUGUUGCUUUAUUUUUUUAAGGCUCUGGAGUGUUGUGUAUGGUUUCUGUCCCCAUCCCAGCCUCCCCACGGCACUUCCAAGCACAGAGGGGAUUUCUCGGAACAAGAGCGAGGAAUCCCCUGGAGCAGGGAAAAGCAGUGCCUGCCAGCUGUUGUGGACCUUCCCAAGAAAUAAAUAUCCUCUAAAUUUUCAAACCA